GUGAUUUAGCGCAUUGAUACAUUGAGACGGACUGGAGGGCAAUCGGGACACAAUGUAGCUAACCAACGGGUCAACUAUUAGAGCACGGUUGGCAUCCCAUUAUUUCUUUCCAUAUAUUAUUUAGGACUUUUGAUUCUUGAAGGAUGUCGGUAGCCGGGUUGAAGAAGCAAUUUCACAAAGCAAGUCAGCUAUUGAGUGAGAAGAUAAUUGGGGCUGAGGGAACGAAGCUGGAUGAAGAAUUUCAAAAAAUGGAAAGGAGAAUUGAUGUGACCCACAAAAUGGUUCUUGAACUUGUGCCCAAAACCACAGAGUACCUCCAGCCAAACCCAGCAUAUAGAGCCAAACUGGGCAUGCUCAACACAGUGUCCAGGAUCCGUGGGCAGGUGAAGGCUGUGGGGUACCCCCAGACUGAGGGAAUGCUGGGAGACUGCAUGUUGCACUACGGCAGAGAACUGGGAGUCGGCUCUGCCUUUGGAUGUGCACUGGCGGACAUUGGGGAAGCCUUGAAACAGAUGGCCAUAGCCAGAGAUUCCCUGGACAUCAGUGUGAAGAACAACUUCAUCGACCCACUGCAGGCACUCCUGGACAGAGAGUUGAGGGAAAUAGGGUACCACCUAAGGAAACUUGAAGGUCGUCGGCUAGACUUUGACUACAAGAAACGACGCAAAGGAAAGAUGCCUGAAGAGGAGAUCAUGCAGGCGUGGGAGAAGUUUUCGGACUCCAAAGAGCUGGCAGAGAGAAGCAUGUUCGACCUCUUAGAAAGUGAUGCAGAGCAUGUGACUCACCUAUCAGCUUUGAUUGGGGCCGCUCUGGACUAUCACCGCCAGUCUUGCCAAAUCUUGGACAGCCUCAAUCGAAGUCUGCAGGGCAGGCUAGCCAUUGCAAGCAACCGACCAAAGAGGGAGCCCAGGCCCAAAUCUAUUAAAGUUAACACAAUCAACACACAACAAAAUGGAUCUUCCCACAGAUCAUCAGUCAAAUCAGUUAUAUCUUCAGAUGCCCAGAUAAGCCAAGCUGUCAAUGGAAAAAAUUACCAGCACACAAACAUACCUCUAAGACCAGAGAGUCCCAUCAUUUGUAACCAUGAUUGUGAGGUUUUCCUAGACCAGCCUUGCUGCCGUGCGCUCUACCGCUUUGUGGCUGAGAAUGAAGGAGAGCUGGGCUUCAAGGAGGGUGACCUCAUCAUCCUCACCAACCAGAUUGAUGACAACUGGUAUGAGGGCAUGAUCAGCGGGGAGUCUGGCUUUUUCCCUAUCAGCUACGUCAAUGUCCUUGUGCCUUUGCCACAGUGAUACCAGGGUAGCACCACAAGCUAUGGGGGCCGGCUAUGAAGUCCUCACCUCAGAGCACUCUCUGGAAAUCUUAUUUUGCAAUGAAUGUCACUCAACUUUCUGAUGUGUUUAUUGACUGAAUUUGUAUUUUUGAGCUUAUCUGUUAGAAGCAUUUCAGGAUGGCCUCAUUUGGUGGUACCGUCACUUCUUCCUGGAUCUGUGAAUUCUUAAUUUCACCUUAUUUUCUCAGAGGCCAUAGAGCUAUGAACAUGCAAUGUCUUUGCGUACUCCACAGGUUUCAAGGCUACACCAUUUCAGACAGUCUUAUGCAAUAUUUUCUCUCUCCCUUGAAAGCCCAUCUUAGUUACAUUUGUCUCCAUUGUGUGCUGUUAGGUGGCCUAAAGCUCACCUUUUGUUACUUUCAGCAUAAUAAUGGGUCAAUUAGUAGUGUGACACUUUUUAAUUCAGCACAUUUUUGUGAUGUCAUGGAACACUUCAGCUGCUUUAUUAAGA